AUGAAUCUUCGAUGCAAUGAAGUUCUUAGUCAUUCGCGUAUUCACGGUCAUGUAUUAGAAAUUGGUACGGGCACUGGAAUCAAUUUUGCAUGUUUACAUAACAAUACACGUAUUAUUGAUUAUACUGGCAUCGAACCGAAUUACCACAUGCAUUAUUAUGCAAAUGCAGCUACAGACCGAUGGAAUAUUCCGUUUAAAGUGCGCUUGUCGACUAAUUCAGCGACCAAUAUGACUGACAUCGAAUCGAAUAGUAUCGAUACGAUCAUAAUGACAUUUGUUCUAUGUAGUAUACCCGACCCAUUACCUAAACAAUUGCUUAUUGAAGCACAUCGUGUUUUGAGAUCUGGCGGAGAAUUACAUCUAUUGGAACAUGUUCUAUCCGAUCCAAAUGUAAAACCAAUAACAAAUUCAUUUCAAAAAUUAAUUGAACCUAUAUGGACUAUAGUUGGUGAUGGUUGUCGCUUUAUACCAACUGGAAACUAUUUAGAUGAGAUGAAAACAGUCUAUUCCAAAGUCAACUAUGAAAAUAUCGAAAUACCCGUUCCAUUGCUUUUAAUUAAAGACGCUAUCAAAGGUGUACUUAUCAAAUGA